GCAGCACACUUCGUUUGCUGCCGUCUCCCUGGUCUUCACACACACACACGCACUCAAACAAAAAGGCCCCAAAAAGAAUCAUUAGAAAGGGGAGAUGCGUACCUUGCCGGACCUUCAUGGUCGGGUGAACGCACAGGCAUCAUCUAUCUUUUCCCUAACAUCCGCUACUCACGCGAGUGCGACACAGCCUGCAGCUUCUGCAGUGCCGCCGCCGCACACGCAGGAGGUCACAGGUGCAUCCUCACACUCCGCGGACUCCUCCAUCUACCUCACCACCCCCGCAGCUUCUUCGACCUCAUCAUUAUCUGCGUCAUCUCCUUCGAAUAGUGCAAGAGACACCGCAUCCACGUCGCUGCGCCGUCCCACGCUCCGCCCAAGCGCUGUUGAGUGUGCGCCCGCAACGAACAGCGCUAGUGGAAAAGAAGGCAAACCCCACGAAAAGAGUGGUGCGCAGAGCUGCCCCAACAGCCGCGGAGAGGUCGAAGCGGCACUGCCCGCAGCAGCAGGUGAAUAUGAGGGCAUUUGCGCUUCGGCGCAAAGGGAUGGAAGCGAUCAACAUGCGUUGUCUGUCGGCUCCUCCAACGAAGAGCGCCGUGCGGACCGAGCAUCGCCGCCUCCCGCAACGCGCCUUUUCUGGUUCAACGGCCAGCUGAUGCGUGUUGAGUCCGCGCGACAUCGCGGUGGUGGUGGAAGAGCGGCGACUCCGGUGAUCCCCGCGGACGCUGUGCGGAGCGUGUGGGUUGGACUCGAUCGGUUUCGAGUACCGUGCCGCUGUGCAGGCGCGAGCGACGCGGGGCACGACGCGACAGGCUGCCCUUCCGCUCUCCUGCAAGUUUCCGACACAGCGACGAGCAACGCGAUGCAAUACGAAACGGAUGCCGAAGUGGUGUCGUCGUCGUCGUCGUCGGCGAGAUCGCUGCACGACGCAAGCGAUCAGCAGUGGCAGCGCGCCGUGGAGGCCGCGGUGGCCGCGCACAUCAGCGCGGAGGCACGGCGUCAGCUCUUUCGUGACGCCGAUUCUGCUACUGGCGGUGAAAACUCUUUCCCGGACCCGCCGCUGAUGUGUGGCGAGGGAAUCGGAGAAGAGCGGGAGGCGUUGCUGCGGUGGUGGUGGUCGUCGCUGCAUCAUUGA